CUGAGCGGACCCGGGACAAUGACAGCCCGGUGGGACGGCCGCGGCGAACGCGGCCUCCGCUGCUUGGGGCUGUGGCCUGGACCUCGGCGCCUUUCAGUCCCGGCGGCCUCGGGGGCAGAGCCGGGAGGUCCUCCGCAGCCCGCGACCUGCGCUGCGGCAGUCGGGAAGGGGCCUGAGAAAGUGACAAAGGCGAUGCCCGACCCGCGCAGGGGUGUCCACGCGGGGCCCGAGCACGCCCGGCCCGCGGGCUUCCCGAGGAGGGCUGCCCCUAAGGAGGAGGGCCGGAGGGCCGGGCGGGCUCCCCGGGCGGCAAAGGCCCCACAUCCCUAGGGGUGCGGUGCUCGCGGUGACCCGGUGGCGCUGCCCGGGCCAGCCCAGCAGCCAGCAGCCAGGGAGGCAGGCCCGGUGGCACUGUGCCCGGCCGUGAGGACCUGGCUGCCACCGAGACAUGCGUGCCAGCCGCCGGAGCGCCCUCGUGGAGGCGCAGGCCAGGUACCCGGUCAUUCACUUUGGGAGUCCUAUGAGUGACAUCUCAGAAAGCACCAUCCCAGGCGGAGGAAGCUGGCUGUACAGAACCGACAGGAGGCGACCGAGUAACCAGAGCCCAAGGCUGCGCCUCAGAGGCGGCCGGGUGUGCAGGCUUUCGCUGGUUUGCACAAAAGCACCCGUAGGACUGUGUCUGACCAGAGGCGGGAGCUUUUCCAGUUCUCAUCAAGUCCUCCUAGGUCGCAGGAAAGCCCUGAAACACACGUCCUUGUGCUCCCACCCGUCCCGGAACGAUCUUCCCACCUCUCUGCAUGGAGAGUGCAGGUGGGAUCUGGGGGCACCCAGCAACGCCUGGCUUCGCCAGAGGCUCUUCUGCCCCGUCCUUCCUGGGGUGCUCCUGAUGGAUCCGCAUGCACAGGGCCAGAGGCAAACAGCGGAGUGCCCGCCGUCCACUUCGGCCUGGGAAUUCCAGGAUCCCUCUGAGCCAACCGCCAGGGCUCCCCAGAGGUCGGAGCGGGAGGACGAGAAAGCCAGGCUCCCGGGCUCCGCUCCCUCGUGCCAUCCUCAGGCCUGGACGGCCCCGGGAAGGCCACGCUGGGCAAAGGGCCCCUGUCACUCGGGAGCUGCCCCUGGCCGACGCGCUGACCCACAGCCCUGGAUCCCGACCAAGCGGUCAGCAGCAGCUCCGGGAGCCAAGCCAGGAGGGGUGGGGCCACUUUCUGUCCCCUGCAGGAACACGGUCUCGUUUGAUCCUCACGGUCUCCCUCUGUACAGGGGAGGAAACUGAACUGCAUGCCAGACG